AUGGCUGAGGGGGAAGGGGAUCCCAGGGAUCUGAUUAAACUGACACAUGACAAACUCUCUGUGGACACAGUGUCAGACUCUGUCACCUGCCCCUCCUGUGGAGCCAUCUCCAUCUUCAUAGGGACGACGAGGAACAGUUUCGAGGGGAUGAAGGUGGUGCAGCUGGAGUAUGAAGCCUACGUCCCCAUGGCCGAAUCAGAACUCAGGAAGAUAUACACUGACAUCAGGGCAAGAUGGCCGACUGUCAGGCACAUCUGUGUUCAUCAUCGACUGGGGGUGGUGCCUGUGACUGAGGCCAGUGUGAUCAUCGGCAUCUCGUCUCCUCACCGAGGGGACUCUCUGGAGGCAGUGCAGUACUGUAUAGACACCCUGAAAGCCACCGUUCCCAUAUGGAAGAAGGAGGUGUAUGAAGCUGACGAGUCCUGUUGGAAAGAGAACAAAGAGUGCCAGUGGACAUGACAGAGUUGACCUCUAACCUCAUCUAGGAGCUUUUCUAUGCCAAAUAUUAGGUCACACACACUGUAUCAGUAUCUAAAGCUGUCCCUAACAAUACAAAAAUAAAGUCAGUCACACCUUUAUGUACGUAAGGUUUUAAUGAAAUAAAAUGUACCGUCAGUAUAUUUACAACACUUAAAAACUUUUGAAUGCUAUAACAUUUUAAUAAAAGAAGUGGCAUGUACCCAUUGAAAAUA